CCUGUGCUUCAUAAUACACCAACGGGUGACUGCAAACAGAUCGAUUUUACGAGGAAUUUCGAACGUCGAAUAUACCAAAGCUGGAUUUCGUAAUUCAAAUAGGUCUUCUAGCCUUUCAUGCCCGGGCAGGAAUGCAGUUUGACGUGUUCAGUGUAGUCCGGCCUCAGGGAUGGUAACGUUCGAUGCGAUCGGAAGGUAGUUCAGCGAGUUCAUGCGGUCAUCGAUUUCACGGGGAUAGCAGAGUAGGAACGCAGUGUCGCGAAUGCAUAUCUAUUUCUACGUCAGCGUUUCGUCUGUUCGCCGUGGCUUGUAAAUCAGCACGCCACUCGUCUUAUGGAAUCAAGGGGCGCAUCGGCUCACAACCCUGAGGUAAACGUUGGUCGUCGUGUGUCGGUGCAAAGGCUUAAUUUCUGGUAAUUGUAUGUCGAACGAAGUCCGUCUUUUCUCGCGCUUCGGUGUGUAUCCCGGGAACCAUCGAUGAGCCAUCCCCCGGCAAUCCCCGAGUUUCCAGAGUUUCCCCGACGAAGAACAGAUUCUCGAGUCGUAAGAACGAGCACAGGACGCCAUUGCAAACUCCCUCACGAAUCGCUGGGACAUUCGUGGCAAGCAUCAGCAUCAUAGUCGGCGGAACAGACUCCCUCUCGCGAGUUCGACCGGCCAUAAGCGAGAACACUGGGCUUCUUCUCCUGCACCGAUCGCAGAAACCACCGGCCCGUCCGUCCGUCCGUCCGUCCGUCGAAAGAGUCUCCGGCACUAGUUUCCGCACUUCGCGAAGUCAAAGCGUGAGCGUUACGUCGAGCGUCGUCGUUGUCGCAGCUCUGGACACGAACGAGUUUGGCUCGUCCGCGUACUGUACUUACGGCCUUGCUUGGUUCAUGAACGUGCGUCUGUCGUAGUCGCGGUCGCGGUCGCGGUCGGAGGGCCGGAAAAGUUAGGGCAGUAGCUGUCCGUGGUCCUCUUUCUCUCGACGAAGUGGGACCUGCAGGAAUGAGCAGUGAGUGCGACGGAGUGUGGCAGACGAGCGAUGCCGAGCCAGGAAGCUCUGAUCGAGGAGUCCGAGAGUGGGACGAGAUUUUGGGCCUCGCCACGUUGAAAUUGGAUGCGCAUGUUGAGGGUGCACAGCGGCCAUCGGCACCAGGUGAAGAAGGCUGUGCGGCUGGAGCUGGAGCUGAGGCUGGAGCGGAUUGCGGUGGGAUGUGUGCAUGCAGGAUGAAGCAGGAGAGAGAGCUUCGACAGCACGAUGGUCGGGGCAAACGACAGCAGCCCUCUCGGGUGCCAGGACCUGCCCAGCCUUCCUCUCAGGAACGAAGCGGUCGCGGUCGGAGGGCGGGAAAAGUUAGGGCAGUAGCUGUCCGGGAUCCUCUUUCUCUCGAGGAAGUGGGACCUGCUGGCAUGAGCAGUACGUGCGACGGAGUGUCGCACUGUGUGGCCGGACUCGAGACGAGCGAUGCCGAGCGAGCAAGGUCUGAUCGAGGAGUCCGAUCGGGCUUAGCCACGUUGAAAUUGGAUCCGCAUCCUGAGGGCGCACAGCGGCCAUCGGCACCAGGUGAAGAAGGCUGUGCUGCUGGAGCUGAGGCUGGAACGUGGCCCGAGCAAGCGGAUUCCGGUGCAUGCAGGAUGAAGCACGAGAGAAAGCUUCGACACCAUGAUGGUGGGGGCAAACGACAUCAGCCCUCUCGGGUGCCAGGACCUGCCCAGCCUUCCUCUCAGGAACGAAGCGGCUGGGAUGAGGAAAUUCCGCCCGAACCAUCAUCAUUCCUUCCUCGGCGACGCGAGCCGCCGAUCGAAUCUGACUAUCCAAGCCUUGACCUAGCAGGGGACGUGGAUGCCGGUUAUUACGAUCAAGAAUUGUCAAUUUUGGGAACUCCAGUCGUUGUGCGAGUGGCUUACACUGCGAAAGGUGUCGAUGAUUGGAUCGACGCCUGCGCUUCCAGCGAACGCGUCUUUGGAUUCGAUAUAGAAUGGCGUCCCAACUUUCACAAGGGGCAAGAUAAUCUUGCCGCACUAUGUCAGCUCUCGACUGCAAACCGUUGUUUGAUAGUGCAGCUUUUAUACCUGGACUUUAUUUCUGACAAACUCAAAGCUCUUCUUCUCGAUCCGAGCAAGAAGUUGGCUGGUGUGGGAGUGAAACAGGAUAUUAGGAAGCUCUGUGACGAUUACGGAUUGAAGUGUCGUGGUGAGGUGGAUCUGUGUACAUACGCAGUCAAAAUUUGCAACGAUCCGAAAUUGAAAGGGGCUGGCCUAGCAGCUCUUUGUGGUUCUGUGCUAGGAAUCGCUUACAAAAAAGAACGGAAGGUUACUAUGAGUAAUUGGGCAGUGCAGGGUUUGAGCCUCGGUCAAAUUUUCUAUGCCGCCACAGACGCAUGGAUUGCAUAUUCGUUGCUUACCACUUUGGAGGCCAGGCAACAACAGCACGCUCUUGAAGGACAACCAAGGGCAGAUACGAAAUCUACAGCAGUAGGAGGGAAAUUGUGAGAAUGAUGGUGACAAAUGAAGGUGAUGACACCAAAAGCUUCUUCCCUCAACGCGAACCUGCGCUAAGAGUUUCGGCAAUGCUGGAGAUUCGGUCACGUACAGUCCAGCGUCCAGCUCGUUGCCAUAGAUCUACGACUCCAAGAAGCUUAUCCUUACCAUUGAAAUGGCCCGGGUGCCUUGAAAGCAAAUGGAUGUACUCAAUCUGUGCUUAGAAGUCUGUGUAGUCAAGCUUAACAUACAGCAGGAAGACUCCAAGCAGAAAGCGCUACUGCUUUCGUUAUCUUUUGGUGCAUGGGCGCCAUCAUUGUAAAUCGCGUGAUAAGACGAUGUAUAUAAAUAAUUUGUACAGUAAUGUUCAAACUUUGUACAGAAGACUACAGUACAACGCUGUAAUUGCCAAUGAGAACUUGAACGAUGCCCUGG